AUGGCUCAACCAAUCAAUCCACCUGUUCCAUCUACCCCUCCCAAUUCCUCAAACAACCCGGUCAAUUAUCCCCAAUCCGUUUGCCGAGAAUCAACUCGUCUUCGUACUCCUAGCUUACGGCCAGGGUUCAUCUCCACCCAAGGCAAUUCUCGCCAUGCUCUAGUCCCCAGAAGUCCUGCUAUUUCCACCAAUCGGUCCCAGGUCCAAGCUCAAAAAAAGAAGAAGAAUGUUGUAAAUAUUGUUGAAGAUGAUGAAGAAUCCGAUUCCAAUACAAAUUUCCCACCAAACAGCCAAUCAAAAAGCCCAACAAACCUGUUGGCAGGCACCAAGCAAGUUGCCAGCCGUACUGGGAUUGAAGUCAUCAUCAAUCAUGCUCAAGAUUCGGAUUUAGAAAAUGAAAAGCACACCAAAACCCGUAAAAAGAAGGAUCCAACUAAAGAUAAAGACGGUUUUGAUCAUGCUCGGCUCUUCUUUUAUUUGCCAGGUAGUGGUCCAAAGCAGUUCAGAUAUUUUUUUCUCUGUUUCCAUUACCUUCUUGCAACCAAAUCUGCCUACUUACUAGCAAUCAAACUUCUCAUCAUUCCUAGAAUCCCAACAACACUGCCUGGGCCUGUUGAUGGUGCCCAAAUGAAUUCAAAGCCUCUGGAGGAUCUUAUUACAACCUCAAGUCACACCGGGAUGGAGCGAACAUCAAGGGCUCACUACAAUCUGCUUGCCCCGGUCGCGGCAAAGCCAUCAAAGAGGGAGCCCACCUUCCUCCCACUGCCGCUGAAGAAAUAA